AUGGCGAGGUUUCUUCUCCGGAACACUCUGUCCCUGAAGACGUUUCUCGCACCGGAGGGCUUGAGGAGAGGGAUAUUGGGAACAUCAUCUCAAGUUUGCAACUUUGCAACCAAAGGUAGGAGAAAAUCAAAGUCCGAUGGAAGUGAGUCUAGUGAGGAUGACUCGUCAAAGAGAGAGGUAGCACUACAGCAAGCUCUUGAUCAGAUAACUAGCACGUUUGGGAAAGGAUCUAUUAUGUGGUUUGGGCGGGCGGUUGCUCCAAGAGAUGUGCCUGUUAUCUCCACAGGUUCUCUUCUUCUUGAUGUAGCUCUCGGCACUGGGGGAUUCCCAAAGGGACGCGUGGUGGAGAUUUAUGGCCCUGAGGCUUCUGGGAAAACCACACUUGCUCUACAUGUAAUCGCUGAAGCACAGAAGUUAGGAGAAUACUGUGUUUUCAUUGAUGCGGAACAUGCUCUUGAUUCAUCGUUGGCUGAGGCUAUUGGAGUGAACACUGAGACCUUGCUACUUUCACAACCUGAUUGUGGUGAACAAGCUCUCAGCCUCGUGGAUACCAUAAUUCGUAGUGGUUCUGUUGGGGUGGUCGUUGUUGACAGUGUUGCCGCCCUUGUUCCUCAAAGCGAACUUGAUGGGGAGAUGGGUGAUGCUCAUAUGGCAGUGCAGGCUAGGUUGAUGAGCCAAGCACUUCGGAAACUAAGUCAUUCAUUAUCUCAGUCACAAACAGUUCUGAUAUUUAUAAAUCAGGUCAGAUCAAAGAUUGCUACCUUUGGAGGGUUUGGUGGGCCUAAAGAUGUAACUUGUGGAGGUAAUGCCCUUAAGUUCUAUGCUUCAGUGCGACUGAACAUAAAAAGGAUAGGGCUUGUCAAGAAGGCAGAAGAGACUAUUGGUAGUAGGGUUCAAAUAAAGGUGGUCAAGAAUAAGCUUUCUCCUCCAUUCAAAACCAUUGAAUUCGAUCUCGAGUUUGGCAAGGGUAUAUGCCAAGCAUCAGAGAUAAUAGACUUGGCAUUGAAACACAAGAUAUUGACAAAGUCGGGCGGUUUUUAUACUUAUGAAGAUAAAAAAUACCAUGGUAGGGAUGCCAUGAAGGCAUUUAUAAACAACAAUGAAGAUGCACGUGAAGAAAUGAAAUUGAAGAUCAAAGAGAAGCUAGCAGCCGGGCAUACAGAGAAGGAAAAGGUAGCCGAUGCCACCGCCACCGCCACAGACAGUGAACCGACUGAAGUCAUUGCAUCUGAUUCUACCGACGACGAGGUAGCUGCUGUUGAAGCUUAA